GAAGCAUCUCAGUUAGAAGAAACCUUGUCAAAUAACGCAGAUAGUAUACAGAAGGCUACUUAGGCACUAUCAGAAUGGCUCCCAAGGUUCUCAUUGUCCUCACCUCUCAAAACGUCAUUCCGAAUACCGACCAUCAGACCGGAUGGUAUCUCCCUGAAUUCGCCCACCCCUGGAAAAUCCUCCACGAUGCCGGCGUCGAAUUAACAGUCGCCUCCCCCAAGGGCGGCGAAGCACCCCUUGACCCAGCCUCAGUCGAAAUGUUCAAGCAGGACGAAAUCGCAGUUAACUUCCACAAGAAUCAAGAACCGCUCUGGAAGAAUACCGUUCGACUUGCCGAUAUUGUACCUCGGGCCAAGGAGUUUGAUGCUAUUUUUUAUGUCGGUGGGCAUGGUCCAAUGUUCGAUCUCGUCUCAGACCCCAUCUCCCUCUCCUUAAUCCAAACCUUCGCCUCAGCCAAAAAACCAGUCAGCGCAGUCUGCCACGGACCCAUUGUCUUCGUAAAUGCCACCACUCCCUCCGGCGAACCACUCUUGAGAGAUGCAACAGUCACCGGAUUCUCAAAUGUGGAAGAAGAUCAGGCCCAAUUGACAAAAUUGAUGCCGUUUUUGUUGGAGGAUAGAUUGAAGGCGAUCCCCGGUACGAAAUAUGUCAAGGCUGAUCAACCCUGGGGGGAGAAGGUGGUCGUUGAUAAGACGUAUCAGCUUGGGGGUGUUUUGAUUACGGGACAGAAUCCGGCUAGUGCGACUGGGGUUGGGAAGGAGUUGUUGAAGGCUUUGGGGUUGUAAGAAGUAUUUGUUAUGAUGAAAUGAUUCCUAGGUUAUGUAGUUAUCGAAAGUGAUCAUUUUUUGUUUCAGAAUUCACUAGGUGGAUACAGAUUUGUCCUCAUCUAUUGCAACCUGUAAGUAACAUGUACGAAUGUGAUAUCAAGACAUACAAGACUUGAAAUAAUAGAACAGACGCCAUUUAUAUGCAAUCAUACAACCCCGUCCUCACAAGAGUGGCGUCAAUGGAGUUCCCGAACCAAGAAUACAACAAAACCAUGAAAUCCCUGCCAACAAUUAGUAGACCACUAAUUCAAAUCAGCCGCAAUCAUGUCCUCAACAGCCUUCAUACCAGCUUCCUCACUACGCUUGGACUCUGUCGGAUCAUCACCCACAACUCGCUGAUCAAGCGCCAGUUUCGUCUGUCCCAAUGCAUAGAUUUGCUCCUCGAUAGUCCCUUUCGUAACAAGUCGAAUUACUUCAACCUCCCUCGUUUGACCAACACGGUGUGCUCGAUUCUCUGCUUGGACGUCUUCCUGCGGAUUGAAGCUAGAGUCGAAAAUGAUGACUUUGUUGGCACAUGCGAGAUUGAUUCCUGCACCUCCUGCUUUGGUUGACAGCAUAAACACCGGGAUAUCCGUCUGUUCAUAGAAGGCAUCCAGAAUUGCUUGGCGAUCUUCGACGUUGGUGCGGCCGUCGAGACGGAAAAAUCUCAUAUUGACUGUCUCAAGGACGUACUCCAAAAUGUCCAUGACGAGAGUGAAUUGUGAGAAAAUGAGAGUUCGGUCGCCAUUCUCCUUAAAUUUCUUCAGUAAUUCGCAAAGCUUGUCGAUCUUUCCAGAGUUCAUCCAUUCUUGGUUCUUCAAUGUAAAUGGUCCGAGGGAUUUCGGAUGUUUAACACACAUGGAAUGACAUUCGAAAUCGUUAUAAGGUUGUAAUUCCUCGAAAAUGAUGUCUGGAUCGGACAAAGACCACUGUUCCUCUUUCAAGCACGCUUUGGCCAUCUUGCCCAGAAUCUUGUCGUUGUAAAGUCGUCGUUUCAAAAGCGGAUGAAUUGCUGUGAAUCGUAG